UCCCACUGACCUUGUGCUGUGAGCCUUGAUUUUUAAAUCUACAGCAAAGAAAAGAGUCAAGCUGCAGAUCUCGGCGUGGAAGAGCCCUGUUAUACAACUUGUUGGAGAAAAGAAGUUAUCUCAUCUGCCGUUUCCUUGGAUCGUUGCAAAAGAUAUCGCUUUGUAGGGCCCUGGGGGCUGGUAGAGAUGCAAAGAGGCUUAGAGACUCCAGACCAGUUAGGUGCCAACCGGGAGACUCCAGGAAUCCCUGAGAUCAAAGUUGUUGUCGUAGGAGAUGGAGGCUGCGGAAAGACAUCGCUGCUCAUGGUCUUUGCAAAAGGAGACUUCCCCAAGGUUUACAUCCCAACAGUAUUUGAGAAAUAUUCAGCCCCCUUCCACAUCAACGACAAGCAAGUGAAUAUCAGUCUCUGGGAUACAGCAGGGCAGGACGAUUACGACAGGCUCCGCCCCCUCUCCUAUAAUGGGGCUCAUGCAGUUAUCAUGUGCUAUGAUGUCACCAGCCCAGCCAGCUUCAACAACAUCCUCACAAAGUGGUACCCUGAAGUGAACCAUUUCUGCAGAGGGAUUCCACUCCUGCUUGUUGGAUGCAAGACAGACCUAAGAAAGGACAAGGUUCUGCUAAGGAGGUUGCAUCAGGACCAUCUGGAGCCCAUCACAUAUCAGAAGGGAGAGUCUUUGGCCCGGAAUCUCCAUGCAGUUGCCUACCUUGAGUGCUCAGCUCGUUUCCAUGAGAACAUCAUCGACAUAUUCACAGAGGCUUCCAGAGCAGCCUUGAAUACCAUGAAGAAGAAGAAACGCAGGCGCAAACCCAAAAGGACUUGCCUGCUUUCCUGAUAGCCAGAGUAGAUCAACAUGUCAGCAGAUGGAUGGAACCAGCAGUGGAGGAUUGGUGGGGUGUUUGGCAACUGCCCAGCACCCCACACUUUAGGGAGCCCCCAAGUCUUGUACAAAAUCCUGCUUGCCUCCUUUAUGGUCAGUCAUUCUCAGCAGGAUUUCAGUUGAACAUAAACUUGGGAGAGGCUGCAAUUACAGUGGAUUGAUUGAGGACUUUGCUUCCAAGGAGGCUCAAAACAGUUCAUUUCAUUAAACAGGGUACUAGAGAAUUUACUUUUAAGUGAUCAGUCAUUAUACCAUUAUUUAUCAGUGAUCUGACUACCAUAUGUUCCUCCUACCAUGAUAUUAUAUAAUAAGCUUUUAUAUUUUUUUAUAUUUUUAGGGUUUCCUCGACAUAACAAUUUGUUUCUUUUUGUUUAUGACUUGUAUCUGUGUAUUUACAAUGUAGUGUUAGAUAAUGUAUUCUUGCACACAGUCUCCCUCCAUUUUGAUUCAGGCAUACCUCACUCAAGGGCCCUCUUCCAGAAAGCGCGAAUCCCAAGUUCUGACACCAGUGUUGCACACCACCCCAAUCUCUGAGCUGUGCAAAAUUCCAGGGGUUCCAGGUGCUUUGUCCAGGGUCCAUGUUUCAUUUUGGGAACGAGGCACAUAAGAGACUGUGGUGGCUUUAUGAUAUAUAGUAUAUUUAUACAUAUAUACAAACUGAGCCUACGAUGGAGGGGUUCACAGCAUUAACACUCCAAGAGGGUCUUGCUUCUCCCAUAGGUGCAGCCUUGGAUCCAAACAGACAUCAGACAUCAUGCCCUGCCUGCUACUUCACUUCUCCUGGACACAUAACUCCCAACACUGCCACUCCAAGUUUUGGCUUUAUCUGUUGGGGGAAAGGUCCCACUCAUUUGCCAUCUCACACCAAGCACCUUUUGAUCCUUUGUCGUAUUAAUGGCUCAUCCACCAUGCUACCACCUCAACACAGGAGAAUAGCCUGGCUUAAUUAGCUUUGGACACUUGCUAAUUCUAGGGGAAUUAGAAGUAUCUCGUACACAACUUCAUACAUGUCUGGCAUCUAGUUUUAACACCCUAGCUUUAAUUAAAUUCUAACAGCUACUAGACCCAGCAAAUGAAUGUAUUACGAUACAAUUGUAUUUCCAUUGCAGUUUCAUGUAAAGAAUCAAGUGAAA